AUGGAGCCCGGCGGGGACCACCGGAGCCGGAGCGGCGGCAGGGGCGGCCCCGGGCCAGCAGUGGCCUCGGCACGGGGCCGACGGCUGCCGCCCGCCGGAUCGAGCUGCGGCGCGGAGCCCGAGGACGACGACGGCGGGCAAGAUCUUCAGCUGGAAGGGGGUGCCUUGGGGUCCUGGGGGAGUGCCCCCCUGCCCUCCUCCAGGGCCAGGGGACCAGCAUCUUCAGGCAGGAAAUACUCAGACCACUGUGAGGCCCGGGCCUCGAGGCCUGGAAAGAGCCGCAUCCCUGGCCGAGACCACCGGCGCUACUACCACGACCACUGGCGGCUGGAGUAUCUGAUGGACUUCAACCCUGCCCGGCAUGGCAUGGUGUGCAUGGUGUGCGGCAGCUCCCUGGCUACCCUCAAGCUCAGCACCAUCAAGCGGCACAUCCGCCAGAAGCAUCCCUACUCUCUGCAUUGGAGUCCCCGGGAGAAGGAAGUCAUCAGCAACAGCUGGGAUGCCCACCUGGGGCUGGGGGCCUGUGGAGAGGCUGAGGGCCUGGGGCCCCAGGGGGCUGAGGAGGAGGAGGAGGAGGAUGAAGAAGAGGAGGAGGAGGGGGCUAGCCUCCAAGCUUGCCCGCCCAAGGGCCCAGGCAAAGUCCCAGCUGGUGGGGGCUGCCGGCGCCAGCGGAGAGGGGGCCCAGUGGCACCCCGGGCUCGGCGUCGGUGCCUCUCAGCCUCCCGGAGGGCCGGGGGCAGCAGGGGGCUGGGGGCCCGGCGCCUGGAGCGGAGGCUGAAGGAGUCCCUGCAGAAUUGGUUCCGGGCCGAGUGUCUCAUGGACUAUGACCCACGGGGGAACCGGCUGGUGUGCAUGGCCUGUGGCCGGGCACUGCCAAGCCUGCACCUGGACGACAUCCGUGCCCACGUGCUGGAGGUGCACCCCAGCUCCCUGGGGCUCAGUGGCCCCCAGCGCAGUGCCCUGCUGCAGGCCUGGGGCGGCCAGCCUGAGCUCACCCAGUCCCCACCAGACGAUGACCUCGUCCCCCAGGACCUGACCACAAAGAGCCGGGACUCGGCCCCCGCUGCUGGAGCCCCCUCCUCUCAGGAUCUCAGCCCCCCAGACGUAAAGGAAGAGGCUGGCUGGGUCCCUGAGAGGCCCGGGCCCGCAGAGGAGGAGGAGCUGGAGCAGGGCGAGAGGGCGGGGGUCCCUGGCCGGUCGCCGCGGGGCCGCGACCGCCCCCGCCAGUCCCAGGAGCGCUGGCGGCUGGAGUACCUCAUGGAGCUGGACGGCGGCCGGCGCGGCCUGCUGUGCCUGGUGUGCGGGGGCGCGCUGGCCUCGCUCGAGCUGAGCACCGUCAAACGGCACAUCCGCCAGCGCCACCCGGGCUCCACGCGCCUCGGCGGGCCUGUCAAGGCCCUCUUCGCCCACGAGUGGAGCGACAAGGCCGCCCACCUGCUGGCCCUGGGGCUGCCCUGCCCAGAGUCCCGCCGGGGCCCUGCCGCCCCCAGCCCAGCCGCAGCCUCCGAAGAGGGGGGAGGGGACGAGGAGGAGGAGCCAGAGCAGGCGGAGGAGGAGCGGUGGGGCGACGUCCCGCUGUCCCCGGGGGCUCCUCUGGAGAGGCCCGGCGAUGAGGAGGAGGACGAAGAGGACGGCCAGGAGCCCGGGGGACUCGCCUUCCCGCCCCUGCCGCCGCCGCCGCCGCCGCCCCCGCCGCCGCCCCGCAGCCGGGAGCAGCGGCGGAACUACCAGCCGCGCUGGCGGGGCGAGUACCUGAUGGACUACGACGGCAGCCGGCGCGGCCUGGUGUGCAUGGUGUGCGGGGGCGCGCUGGCCACGCUCAAGGUGAGCACCAUCAAGCGGCACAUCCUGCAGGUGCACCCCUUCUCCAUGGACUUCACGCCCGAGGAGCGUCAGACCAUCCUGGAGGCCUACGAGGAGGCGGCGCUGCGCUGCUACGGCCACGAGGGCUUCGGGGCGUCCGCCCCGGCGCCGCGCGACGGCGGCGCGGACCUCAAGCCGGGAGCCGUAUGCCGGGCGUAGCGGACUCGCCGGCCGGGCUGGGGGCGGCUCCGCCUUGUGUUUGACCCGGCCGUGCGGCUGGGAGGCCCUCGCGCCGGCUGCGAGCGGCCCCCGCGCUGCCGCGUCCCCCGCUGGCCGGGCGGGGCGGAGACUGGGGUCGCUCGGUGUUCCCUAGGUCCGUGAGCCAGCUGGUCGCUGAGCUGCAGGGAGCGCACCCACCUCCCGGGCUCGGAGCCCUGGCCCUCCCCCUGCAGGGCCCACGUUUUCCGAGGAGCCGCAGCGGCCCCCGGGUGUUAGCACCGAGCGCUCCCAGCCCCAGCCCGCGCCCGGCCGCACCCCGCGAGGCGGCCCCCUGCCAGGCCGGGAUGGGGGCGCCGUUAGUCAGUAUUAGGGCCGAAGGAGGGGCGCGCCGCCCCUUGUCCUGGCCGGGGGCCCGGUUCUCUGCAGCCUUGCACGCCGCAGGCACGGCUCCCGGCCCGGGGAUGGCUGCCUGCCUUUUCGUAAUUGGUAUUCUCGGCCUCUCGGAGGCCCGGGCUGCGGACUGGGGCCUGCAGCGGGGGGCGGGGCCGCGGGGCUCGGGAGCCCGCCGGGGCGGAGCGGGGCCGGGGCUGGGCCAGCCGUGCCCGCCUCCCGCCUCCCGGGCCGCUGUCACGACCGCCCGGACAGAGACCGUGGAAAGGGAUCAGCACUUUUUCCUUUGCUCCUCUCCUGCCCCGAGGGCCUCCGUUUACCCUUAAACUCAGAGUUAGGCGCUCUUGCUCCAGCGCCAGGUCCGUCCGAGCCCGGGGCACUGGCGGUCCCGGCUCUUGGCGAUAUAUUCCCACUCCCUUCCCAUCCCCCUUUGUCCGCGGUGGACGCGCCACCCGUUCCCGGCCCCCAGGGCCUGGGGCCGGACCUCGGCCUCCCUCUUCUUCCCCGAAGCAGCUCAGCGCCAGGCCCUGUGGGGCGGGGAAGGGGUUCCGCGAUCUCCCAGGCAGGUCCGAGAGGGAUGUGUAGAUUGAUUCUCCUGUGGAGAACAGGUGGUCCCGAGACCAGGCCCUUUUUUGCUCUUUGUAUUUUAUUUUGAAACUGUAUUUAAUGCUUUUAUACGAAGGGGGAGGGGCGGGGAGAGAGCUGACCCAAUCACCCUUAUGUGCAAAUGUCUUAUUUAUUUUGCGUGUGUCAGAGAUAAGCUGUGAGGUGGUGGAGCAAGGACCGAAAGGUUGAAGGAGCUAGGACAGAGGCGGGGAUGGGACCCGAGACAUCCCGUGUAUGACCCUCUGGGCGCCAAUGUCUGCUCUUCACAAAGCGAGGCCACUGCAGGGACAGUUCUCUUGGUCUUAGGGUGGGGAGGUCAGCGGGUGGGACUUGAGGGCUGAGUCUGGAGGGUGAGGGGCACUGGUAGAUGGGGCCGGCUGCCUGGGUAUGCGGAAAAGCAGAGGGCAAACAGGUAGCUCCUCUCAUCCCUUCUCCCCCAGGCCAGAGCCCAAGGUUCAAGUGCCUCAGGCCCAGACGCCUUGACUCUUCCUGUUUGGGAAUUGGAUUUUAUACCAUGGGUUUUAUAGCAUUUUUAUAUAAUUCAAAAUUGUCAGAGUUGGAAGGGACCCUGGAGACCACUAGUAUGCCCCCAUAGGUAAAAUGAAUCCCAGAAACUGAAAUUAUUGCAGUCAUGUAGGAACAGUACAAGAACUAGAAUAAAGAUCUGAAUUCCCAGUUCAGUAUUCUUUGCACUAUACCACCCUGCCUCCUAAUUUAUAAGUUAUUAAAAUUUCUUUCCCUGUGAGGCCUGCCUGCCAAGGGAUGGCAUGUGCUGGGCACUGCAGGCCAUCAUGGUGCAAUCGUGACUCCUGGGGGUGGCAAAGAACUGCAUGCUUCCUUGGGAUGAGUAUGCUGAAUUCUGUAGGGCAGUUCUUACCACUGCAGGCCUCAGCUGAAAGGUGCAGGCAGCAGUCUUCCCCAUCAGAACUGGGGUGACCAGGCCUGGCCCAAGACCUGUCCAGCAGGGAAGGCUCAGCAUUGUGUUUUGUUGUCAAGGCCACCAAGGAUUCGGGAAGAUACUGAAUGGGCUGUCAAUUGACUGAAAAGUGAAUUCCCAGCAAUUUUGGACCUCUUAAGGUUUUUGAGACAGUAUUAAAAACUUGAGAACAGAGAUUAUGGAUGGCACCAGGCUGGGCACUGCCAUUCUUUUACUUUCCUUCAUGCCUGUUGUUUUCAGAUCCAGAAUGAGUAUUCUACCACUUUUUCUACUCUGCCCACUCAAAAACAGUAGGCAAAUUGGGGCAACUGAUUAUAAUCGUCCAAGCCCACUGCCGAAGUUCAGGUAAGUCAGGGCAGAGAGCAGGUUAGGAAUGGUUCCCCCCCCCCCGCCCCCGGCAUAGGCAGGGAGAGGCUUAGGACAGGAGUGGAUGUCUUCUUUGAGAGACAGCACCCCUCCACCACCAGUGGUUCUAAGUGUGGCCCCAGGCCAGCAGCAUCACCUUAGGAACUUUCUAGAAAUAUGAAUUCUUAGGCCCCAGCACAGGCUUACUGAACUGGGAUGGGGCCCAACAAUCCGUUUUGAUAAGCCUUUUUGUGAUCUGAUGCAGUUGAAGUUCUGAGUGUCAGUGAUCUGGGAAGGCAGGCGGUAGUGAUUCCUACCUUGACUGUAGCUAUGACCUAACAGGUAGAAGUCAGGGGUUAGCUGGUCCUCAUCCCUAGGUGUGCCUCUGUCUCACCUUGGGAUUCCAACAUGAACAGGUGAAGUUUCUUCAUGAUCUUUUUUUUUUUUUGGUUAAUGAUAUGCUUGCUAUUAUUGCCAAUAUGUAAAUGUUAUUCUGAAUACAUAUUUAUAUACCAUGUUACUUAGUGACACUAUUCAAACAUUUGUAUGCGUAUUUGUGAAGUUUGCAUCAGUCAUUUAAAAAAUAUUUCACCCUAAGUUUUCUAAGAGGUAUGUUGAAUAAAAUUUUUAAAUCCAGUUUUAAGGGUCACAGCAGCCUUAGUUAUGGAAGAAGAGCAAAUCAGUGGUGACAAGUUCUUUCAGCAAAGACCUGAUGUAUUUAGUUCCCAUUUUCUAUGGUGACUGCCUCAAUUUAAGUGCAUUGUGGCUGUGUGUGAUUUAUAGGCUGCUUCAUGUUGCAGGCAGGGAACCCUCCCAGGUUGGUGGGAGGCUGAACUUGGAGAACAGACCCCUCCGGCCCCUUCCACUCCUCAUCUUUCUCUUAAGAUCACCUCUUAGAGGGUCUCUCAUUUUUUUCAGACACCAAACGCACAGCUGUGCUCUAUUAUGGAAAUUCUGCAAUCUUGGGAAUCCUUACCAGUAUCAACUAUUAGUCGCUUUUAAAGCCCCAAAAGUGGAGUGAGGAUGGGGGGAGUGGAAGCCUUGCUUGGUUCUUACU